GCCAGGGACGGUAUGUUAAUGAGCUCCAUGGUAAUACAGGGAGGCAGGCUUUAGCCGCCAGCCUGCUGCUGCUGAUGGGGGAUGAGCUUCCAGUGCCAGGCGGGAGCUGGGGAAGGAGCCCGCAGUUCCUGGGAAAUUCGGCUCGCAGGGCGCGGGAGCGGGGACAGCAGCUCCCCGCAGCCGGGCGGCGGGGCAGGGCAGGCGGGGAGCCCGGGGUGGCUCAUGCCCGGGGAGAGGGCUCGUGGGCAAGGGCGAGGAAUCGGGACCGUUUCGGCACGGCCGUAGUUGGGCAGCCUGCGGCACCGGGGUUCAGAGCAAGGACUGCCUGAAGCGGCGGAUCCCGGGGAGAGCAGGGAGCCUCCAGGAAUACAGGUCGGGAGCUGGGGACUUGCGGUGGAUGUACAUGCAUCGGGGGGCCGGGGGGCUCACCUGUCCCUAACUCCGAGGAGGCGCCGGGGGGAGGCUGUCCGCCCCCCCAGGAGACGGACAGGAGCGGACCUUGAGGUUUGAACCAUGUGAAGAACCUUGAAAGGGACACAUACAGGGAGCUUAGAAGUUCACCCUCCCCUUUCUCUUCUCCCCUGUCCCAGGAUGGAUCAGAGGAAGAACUGGCCUCGCAUGCUGGACGCCGAUGGCUGGUCAGCAGCUGUGAUUUUUCUCUUUUUGGUCUCACUUUCCCGGAACGCAGCCAGUACUGCCCUGUUCAACACCUUCCACACAGAGAACCGAGACUGGACUUUCAACCACCUGACCGUCCACCAGGGCACUGGGGCAGUCUACAUUGGAGCCAUCAACUGGGUUUACAAGCUCUCAGGCAAUUUGACCAUCCUGGUGGCUCACCAGACAGGCCCGGAAGAGGACAACAAGUCCUGCUACCCACCCCUCAUUGUCCAGCCUUGCAGUGAGUUCCUCACCCUCACCAACAAUGUUAACAAGCUGUUGAUCAUCGACUACUCAGAGAACCGGCUGCUGGCCUGUGGGAGCCUCUACCAGGGCAUCUGCAAGCUGCUGCGGCUGGAUGACCUCUUUAUCCUGGUGGAGCCGUCCCACAAGAAGGAGCACUACCUCUCUAGCGUCAACAAGACUGGCACCAUGUACGGGGUAAUUGUGCGCUCUGACGGCGAGGAUGGCAAGCUCUUCAUUGGCACGGCAGUGGACGGCAAGCAGGAUUACUUCCCCACCCUCUCUAGCCGCAAGCUGCCACGGGACCCGGAAUCAUCAGCCAUGUUGGAUUACGAGCUCCACAGUGACUUUGUCUCAUCGCUCAUCAAGAUCCCCUCGGACACGCUGGCCCUGGUCUCACACUUCGACAUCUUCUAUAUCUACGGGUUUGCCAGCAGUAACUUCGUCUACUUCCUGACUGUGCAACCGGAGACCCCCGAGGGAGUCUCCAUCAACUCAGCCAACGACCUCUUCUACACGUCCCGCAUCGUCCGCCUCUGUAAGAAUGACCCCAAGUUCCACUCCUAUGUCUCGCUGCCCUUUGGCUGCAUUAAGGGGGAUGUGGAGUACCGCCUCCUGCAAGCGGCUUAUCUCUCCAAGCCAGGGAACGUGCUGGCCAACGCCCUCAACAUCACAGUCCAGGAUGACAUUCUUUUUGCCAUCUUCUCCAAGGGGCAGAAGCAGUAUCACCAGCCUCCUGAUGACUCGGCUCUUUGCGUUUUUCCCAUCCGCACCAUCAACACCCAGAUCAAGGAGCGCCUGCAAUCCUGUUACCAGGGGGAAGGCAACUUGGAGCUCAACUGGCUGCUGGGGAAGGAUGUCCAGUGCACCAAAGCACCAGUCCCGAUAGACGACAACUUUUGCGGGCUAGACAUUAACCAGCCGCUGGGAGGCUCCACACCAGUGGAGGGGGUGACCCUCUUCACCUCCAGCCGUGACCGGAUGACCUCGGUCACUUCGUACAUCUACAACAGCUACAGCGUGGUGUUCGUGGGGACCAAGAGUGGCAAGCUGAAGAAGAUCCGAGCAGAUGGCCCACCGCAUGGUGGAAUUCAGUAUGAAAUGGUCCCAGUUUUCAAGGACGGGAGCCCGAUCCUUCGAGACAUGGCCUUCUCCAUCGACCAGAAGUAUCUGUAUGUCAUGUCGGAAAGACAGGUGUCCAGGGUUCCUGUUGAAUCCUGUGAGCAAUACACAACCUGUGGGGAAUGUCUGAGCUCAGGGGACCCUCACUGUGGCUGGUGUACUCUUCAUCACAUGUGCUCCCGGAAGGACAAGUGCGAACGAGCAGAUGAGCCGUACCGAUUUGCAGCCAGCAUCAACCACUGUAUGAGUGUCACUGUGCAGCCCAGCAGCAUCUCUGUGUCUGAGCACAGCCUUCCGCUCAGCCUGCUGGUGAGUGAUGCUCCAGACCUGUCAGCUGGAAUCACCUGUUUGUUUGGAAACCUCACUGAGGUGGAAGGCCAAGUUUCCGGCAGCCAGGUUGUCUGCAUUUCACCAGCCCCUAAAGAUGUCCCCGCCAUACCUGUGGAUCAAGAUUGGUUCGGGUUGGAGCUCCAGCUGAAAUCCAAGGAGACAGGCAAGACGUUCGUCAGCACGGAGUUCAAAUUCUACAACUGCAGUGCUCACCAAUUGUGCCUGUCUUGCGUGAACAGUGCUUUCCGCUGCCAUUGGUGCAAAUAUCGGAACCUUUGCACUCAUGACCCCACAACUUGCUCCUUUCAGGAAGGACGGAUCAAUGUUUCUGAGGACUGCCCACAGCUGUUUCCCACAGAAGAGAUUCUGAUCCCAGUGGGGGAGGUGAAGCCCAUCACACUGAAAGCCAGAAACCUGCCCCAGCCCCAGUCUGGCCAGCGUGGGUAUGAAUGUGUCCUCAACAUUCAAGGAGUUAUUCAUCGUGUGCCAGCUCUGCGCUUCAACAGCUCCAGUGUCCAGUGCCAGAACAGUUCGUAUCUCUAUGAUGGGAUGGACAUAAGCAACUUAGCAGUGGAUUUUGCUGUGGUGUGGAAUGGAAACUUCAUUAUUGACAACCCAGAGGAUAUGAAAGUUCACCUGUACAAAUGCGCAGCCCAGCGGGAGAGCUGCGGCCUUUGCCUGAAAGCAGAUCAGAAGUUCGAAUGUGGCUGGUGCAGCGGAGAGGCCAAGUGCACCCUCCGGCAGCACUGCAGUUCCCCCAUUCACCCUUGGCUCGACUGGUCCAGCAGGAACGUCAAGUGCUCCAAUCCCCGCAUCACCGAGAUCCUGACAGUGUCAGGGCCCCCAGAAGGAGGGACACGAGUGACGAUCCAUGGCGUGAAUCUGGGGCUGGAUUUCUCAGAGAUUGCCCACAACGUGCAGGUGGCGGGGGUGCAGUGCACUCCCCUGCAGGAGCAGUACGUCAUCGCAGAGCAAAUUGUGUGCGAGAUGGGGCAGGCACUCCCAGGGAUCAGUUCCGGUCCAGUGCGCCUCUGCAUUGGAGAGUGCAAACCUGAGUUCAUGGCCACAUCCUCACAACAGUACAUGUUUGUGAAUCCAGCGGUCAGCUCCCUGAGCCCUAGCCGUGGCCCGGAGUCUGGAGGGACCAUGGUGACCAUCAGUGGCCACUAUCUGGGUGCCGGCAGCAGCGUGUCUGUGUUCCUGGGAAACCAGACCUGCGAAUUCUAUGGGAGGUCCAUGAAUGAGAUUGUGUGUGUCUCUGCUCCAUCAGCACAUGGCCUGGGCCCCAUCCAUGUCUCUGUGAGUGUGGAUCGGGCGCAGUUAGAGAGCACUCUGGAAUUUGAAUACAUUGAUGACCCCAGAGUGCAGCGCAUCGAACCCGAGUGGAGUAUAGCCAGCGGACACACGCCGCUGACAGUCACAGGGUCCAACUUGGAUGUGAUUCAGGAGCCAAGGAUACGUGUGAAGUACAAUGGCAAGGAGUCUGUCAAUGUCUGUAAGAUUGUGAACACAACUACCCUGACUUGCUUAGCUCCACCUCUCACUCCUGAGUACCGACCUGGCUUGGAUGCUGUUGAGCGACCGGACGAAUUUGGCUUUCUCUUUAACAAUGUGCAAUCCCUGCUGAUCUAUAAUGACACUAAGUUUAUUUACUACCCAAACCCAACAUUUGAGCUUCUGAGCCCUACUGGGGUUUUGGAUCAGAAACCGGGAUCGCCCAUCAUCCUCAAGGGCAAAAAUCUGUGCCCACCAGCUUCCGGAGGAGCAAAGCUAAACUACACUGUCCUGAUCGGAGAUACCCCCUGUGCUGUCACUGUGUCUGAGACCCAACUGCUGUGUGAGCCCCCCAACCUCACUGGGCAGCUCAAAGUUAUGGUGCACGUGGGCGGCAUCGUCUUCUCCCCUGGCUCGGUGAAUGUGAUCUCGGACAGCCUGCUGACCUUGCCCGCCAUUGUCAGCAUUGCGGCGGGAGGCAGCCUGCUUCUCAUCAUUGUCAUCAUCGUCCUCAUCGCUUACAAGCGCAAGUCCCGGGAGAACGACCUCACCCUCAAGAGGCUCCAGAUGCAGAUGGACAACCUGGAGUCUCGGGUGGCCCUGGAAUGCAAGGAGGCUUUUGCGGAGCUGCAGACAGACAUCAAUGAAUUAACCAGCGACCUGGAUCGCUCCGGGAUCCCAUACCUUGAUUAUCGGACAUAUGCCAUGAGGGUCCUUUUCCCUGGCAUCGAGGACCACCCCGUCCUGCGUGAGUUGGAGGUCCAAGGGAACGGGCAACAGAAUGUGGAGAAGGCCUUGAAGCUCUUUGCCCAGCUAAUCAACAACAAGGUGUUUCUGCUGACAUUCAUCCGGACCCUGGAGCUUCAGCGUAGCUUCUCCAUGCGUGACCGUGGCAAUGUGGCUUCCCUGAUCAUGACGGGCCUGCAGGGAAAGCUGGAAUAUGCAACAGAUGUGCUGAAGCAGCUACUCUCAGACCUGAUUGAGAAGAACCUGGAGAAUAAGAAUCACCCCAAAUUGCUCCUGCGUAGGACCGAGUCUGUGGCUGAGAAGAUGUUGACUAACUGGUUUGCCUUCCUCCUUCAUAAAUUCUUAAAGGAGUGUGCUGGGGAGCCGCUCUUCAUGUUGUACUGUGCCAUCAAGCAGCAAAUGGAGAAAGGCCCUAUCGAUGCCAUCACAGGGGAAGCACGCUAUUCUCUGAGUGAGGACAAGCUGAUCCGGCAGCAAAUUGAGUACAAAACAUUGAUCCUGAACUGUGUGAACCCCGAUAACGAGAACAGCCCAGAGAUCCCCGUGAAGGUGCUGAACUGCGACACCAUCACUCAGGUCAAAGAGAAGAUUUUGGAUGCAGUGUACAAAAACGUCCCCUAUUCCCAAAGGCCAAGGGCUGUUGACAUGGACUUGGAGUGGCGCCAGGGCCGGAUAGCUCGCGUAGUCCUACAGGAUGAAGACAUCACCACCAAGAUUGAGGGCGACUGGAAGCGGUUAAACACCCUGAUGCAUUAUCAGGUGUCAGAUCGCUCUGUGGUGGCUCUGGUUCCUAAACAGACCUCCUCUUAUAACAUUCCCGCCUCUGCCAGCAUAUCUCGAACCUCCAUUAGUAGAUACGAUUCAACGUUCCGGUACACAGGCAGCCCAGACAGCCUCCGCUCCAGAGCACCCAUGAUCACCCCUGAUCUGGAGAGCGGAGUGAAAGUCUGGCAUCUAGUCAAAAACCAUGACCAUGGAGACCAGAAGGAGGGCGACCGGGGCAGUAAGAUGGUGUCUGAGAUCUACCUGACUAGACUCCUAGCUACAAAGGGUACGCUGCAGAAAUUCGUGGAUGACUUGUUCGAGACCUUGUUCAGUACUGUGCACCGAGGCAGCGCGCUCCCACUGGCCAUAAAAUACAUGUUCGAUUUCCUGGAUGAGCAAGCAGAUAAGCACGGCAUCCACGACACAGAUGUGAGGCACACCUGGAAGAGCAAUUGCCUCCCUCUCCGGUUCUGGGUGAACGUAAUCAAAAACCCCCAGUUUGUGUUCGAUAUCCACAAGGGCAGCAUCACAGACGCCUGCCUCUCUGUCGUUGCCCAGACUUUCAUGGACUCCUGUUCCACCUCAGAACACCGCUUGGGCAAGGACUCCCCCUCCAACAAAUUGCUCUAUGCCAAGGAUAUCCCCAGCUACAAGAGCUGGGUAGAAAGGUAUUAUGCAGACAUUGCAAAGCUCCCAGCCAUCAGUGACCAGGAUAUGAAUGCCUACCUCGCGGAACAGUCGCGCCUGCAUGCCAUUGAGUUCAACAUGCUGAGCGCGCUCAAUGAGAUCUACUCUUAUGUCAGCAAGUACAGUGAAGAGAUCAUCGGGGCUCUGGAGCAGGAUGAGCAGGCGUGCAGGCAGCGCUUGGCAUACAAAGUAGAACAGCUUAUCUGUGCCAUGUCUAUUGAGAGCUGAAGAAAGGAGAUGGUGCUCCUAGGACCAGGAGAAGGAACUAGUUACUACAAAGGUUCUUGGGAAUGAAGAGUAUGAACAAGCAAGGAAGGCACUGGACCCAUAGAAACACUGAAACAUCCUCUGGGGGAAGCAGGGAUUGGCCCAGAUAGUAAGUUCAAAAUCAUUUAGAUUCCAGUUUGAAAGGACAGCAAGAAGGACAGUGCAUCUCAGAGCAAAAUAGGAUCAAGCUGGAGUAAUUCUUCAAGUCAUAUGUGUGGAAGGAAGGAACCUUAGAAGUCUGGAUGCCUCCGUGACUGCUACUUUGCAUGAAAAUAAUUUGAUAUAUAUUAGGAAAUAAUGAAAACUGUAUUUAAAGGGUUUAAAAAAAGAGGGAAAGAAAAAAAUUAAAGCAACCACAGUGGCCACACAGAUAAUUCCGCCAACAAAAUUCAGUUCCAAAUUCUCUCUCUCUCUUACUCAUCAGUUUCCUGUGGUGUGUGGCUCAGACAUUCUGCGAAUAGACUCCUAUGCUAAUCCGAAAAAUUGGAAAAUUAAAUUAUUCCUGUUCCUGGGAACUUUUAAAAAAUAUGAGCACAAGUUUGCACCAAACCUUUUUACACAAAGGAAGAUAAUAGUUUAGCUGGAAAUAAAUCCAGUGGCACCAGAAAGAACUUUACCUGAAUUACAGAACCAUCAGAUCAUCUAACCUGUUUGUCUUGAAAUCCAGCUUUAUCUAUGUAUUUAUAUAGUGUCAAUAUAUAUAUAUAUAUAUAUUAUAUAUAUAUUUUUUAAAUCCCACUUACUGUUGAAUGAUGGUGGGUCUGAUUUUAAACAUUUUUCUCUUUUAUUUCCAUUCCAUUUCAACACACAGCUCCACCCAGGUGUAAAGAUUCUACGGUAUUUUUGUUUGCUUCACUCGUGUUCCUGAAGAAUGUUCUGCCCUCCAUGGCAUUGAAACUAAGGAAGUCAUAUACAGUUUAAACUGAAAUUGGUGCAUUGUAGGUUUCUACAGGUGCAAUUUAAGAAAAACCAAUUGGCUGAUCUUGUACAGUCAAGCAGAGCUGGGCUGAGACUUACUUAGUUGCUUGGGCUGUUAGUUGACUAGUGUUAUUUUGUUCCAGCCACGAUGUAAUUUCUUGUAGGAAAAAAAAACAAAAACUAAAAACAAUGUUUACAGCAAGUGAUACUUGAAAAGCGUAGACAUAGUGAGAUAACAUAUUUAUUGCUUUUCUGUUUGAGACACACUCAUACUUACGCAUAAGAUCAGGACAGACUCCAAUUACAUUUUUCCCUUGGCACAUGCAAGGUCACCCGAAGGUGAAGCAUAGGACUUUUAUUUCUGUUGGGGAGAGGGAGAAUCUUUACUCAAGGCGAGAGAAAGUCCAAAUCGACGCACUUCAAGUGUUAGCCAACAUUGUCAUCUUUGUCUCUGUAUCUCAUUGUUAGGUUCAGUUUCGAACUGGCCAUAGCAGCCCAUCUUUUCAAGAACAGCAAAAGGCAAAUGUUUGUGAGUGCUAUUCCUUUAAAAGAAACCAAAGCUUUCCUGUCCCUUUAAAGAGUGCCAAGAGGUGGAUGGAAUGCUGUAAAUAUUUCUCUCUCUAAUAAAUAUUGAUAUUUUUGCAGACUACAGUGGGGGAGGAUGAGGUGAUUAGACCUAAUGGAAAUAGAAGUAUCGACCAUAUGAGUCGUGGUGGUUGCAGCAAAAUAGCUACCAGAGUUUAUUUAAUGGAAUCAAAACCAGACUUGAAAAUGCCCAGUCUUAAGUCUCCUUGCAGAGAGGCAGAGUGUGCUGUGUGAUCCCGAGCUAGUUGUGUCAUCUCUCUAUGAUUCUUUCGCCAUCCCUGAAAUGGAGAGAGUGUACUAUAGUACAUUCGCUAUAAUGGAAGUUUAAAGGAAGUUUGUGGUAUGAAACAGCCUGUCCCUUUAGGGCAAGGCCCUGGCACUCUUUGCCCGUUUCUCAGCUCCUUUGUGGGUAAAGCUUCAGACCUCACAAUGGUAUUUUCUUUGUACUGCAGACAAACCUGACUCCAGGUUUGUUUGGUGGGGAGGCACUGAUUUUGCCUUAGAUGAAAUGAUUCCACAUCCAUUUCAGUGCUUCCCUCCCUGCACAGGGCCAAACUUGGUUUGGUGUUAGGAGUCUCUAGCCUGCUUUGUUUCAAGGGUUUUGACAUCAGAGCAGAAGAUGGCAUUUCUGGAAUUUCUGUGUCUGGUGCUACUGUUUAAAUAAUUCCAUUUAAUCUUCUGCUCGUGAGCAGUAGCCUGAGCUAUCAAAGAGCCCACUCCAAGGGGUAGCAAAGUGCUAACCAAAUGCCUUUUCACUUUGAAAGCCUUUAUUAAAAAAACUCUAUACAAGAGUCCCAGCUUAUCAGCAGGCUUGCCUCUGUUGGGACCUUGCUCCUUAGCACCAAAAUGCUAUGACAGAAAGAUGUGGAGGGCAUGUUGCCUGCUUCUUCCUAUAGAGAGUGGGUAAGGAGAUCUCCCAGUGCUUAAAGUGAAACAGGAGAAAUCAGAACAGGAAAACUGCUGAAGCCUUUGUAGCAUCCAGCUAUAUUAAGAAUUCCCUGUAGCUACAUUAAGAAUUGUUAUGACAAACAAGCAUUUUAAAUAAAAUAGCCACAGCCCUGCUGCUAGUGGGAAACAUUGUAGGCAGAGGGAGAAAAUGGAAAUGUGUGCGACUAUGUUUAGGAUGCAAAUCUUUUCCUGGUGCUCUGGCAUAAAAGGGACCUUGCAUACAGCCAUUCUCCUCCUAUGCAGAUGGAAUCCUUCCUCUCCCCAGUGUGCAACGCCUGUCCUGUGCAGUCUAAAUACCCAGACUACACAACUCCACUUAAAGAAUAUAUUCUAUUGCUAAUAAACAUUUUAAAUGGAUUUUUACCAAAAGUCUCACUGCAUUCUAUACAUGUAACAAUUUGGCUGAGAAUGUUUGUAUAAGGAUUAGAAUAGAGAGCCUUGUUCUUGCCUGUUGCUGACUCACAGAGUGACGUUGGACAUGUCAUUUAGGUCCAAGUUUUCAGCAGUAGCUACUGGUUUGGGAUACCUCCAUUUCUGUUGCCAUACAUGAGAUGCACAUAAAGAGUCUGAUUUGCCAGAAAAGCUGAGUGCCCACAACUCCAAAAGAGGUGAAGGGAAGUUGGUCUGUGUGCUGCUCGGAUGCCUUCCCAAUUUCAGGAACUUGACAAGGGGUAAAACAUCCUUAAGAAUUAUUCCCGUCACACUGAUUAUUUUUUUAGCCUGCAGCUAGAGCGUUUCCCAUUAACAGCAGCAGCAGCAGGGUUGUGUUUUCACCGUCGCUGGCAGUUCUCCUUUCAGUUUCCAGUGCUCUCAGCAUUCGCCUGUCAGGAGGACUCAGUUCAGCAGUCUAAAUGAAACAAAAACAGAAUGACUUGAAUGAGCUGGGACAUCCGGGGGAAACUCAAUAGUGACUGCAUUCUGGAGAAAAGACAUAAAAAACGUUCAGAGAAUAAAUAACCAA